GAGAAGCUGGGGUUCGACAAGGAUGACUACUCGCCGAGGGAGAGAAAGCUACGUGGAGGCAAGACAAUUGUGCCCGACUAUGUGAUUCUGAGUCGACGCACGGCGACGGGUAACGCUGCCGAUCCUCGUCGCCGUCGUCGACAUUAAUCAACGUGCAGUAUCGAUGAGCGUGCGCGUUCUUGUGAUGAACGGACGGCGAUAAGCUCCCAAGAGCAGGCCCAAAGGACCUUUGGCCAGUGUUCUGACCCUGAUCCAUGCUGGGUGGGAUACACAUGGGCAUGAUGCACGGCAAUCACCAGCGGUCAGCAGCAAGGCCACGGCUGUCAGCAGGCGGACUUGGAUCUUCUCGCACUGGGGAUGGUAUUUCUGGAGGCGUUUGGGGCUGGCCAGACGCAAGUCGACGUGUCAGCCUUGGGAAUCCUGGAUCCGACCUGGCCCACAAUCCUAAUUUAAACUCACCCAAGCCGGUAAGGUUCCGUCCGGGCAUUUCCAAGCCAGUCGAUGUCUCGAAUUGGGCUCACGGCCCUCGGCACCUCAGCUGGCGGACAAGCUUUGCAGUGAUGAUAGUAUGCGUCAACCCAACAGUGCCUGCGUGGGCCCAGCGAGACAGGGCGCGGUGCGCAGCCCCGUCAGUGCGAGCAUCCGGAGAUCGAAACGAGACACAUCCUUCGGAAGCACAGGCGAAUCAUCAAACGGCGCCGUACAGCAGACAUCCAACGUCUCCACUACCACCAGGUCAGCCCUAGGGCGCUAGCAUGCCUUAGCAUUGUUAGCAGCCCAUGGCUGAACCUCCUGUGUCUAUCCUACGCCCUGAUCCCCGGCACUCGCGCCGUGCACUGCCCGCCUGGGCUGGACGAUGAAGCUCACAGCACGCCAAGCAUGGACGCCACAGGAGGAGCUGCUGCAAGACCCCCUGGGAUAUCCCGACACGAGGGAGGCGUCAGGGUAAGACGGCU